AUUGAAUCUGGCACAAGGAUAAUUUGGAGGUGUACGGUCAAAGCGCUUUAUCUUUUCUGUGUUUUUGUUUUACACCUACCUAUAUGAUAAUUGUUUCUGGCUAUUUAUAGCGCGCAAGUCGGAUGCGCCACCGACGAUGAAUUUGUGCUGUUCGCUUCUUUGCCCGACUUCGUUGUAAAAACACUCGAGAAGUUGCUCUAUUGUCUCGUGGCCUUUUAUGAGCUCCGUUUUGUGAAGCUGUUAUUGUUUGCGGUCGAUAAACAUCUCGCCAAUAGAAUGGACUUAAUGAAUAAAAAUCUAUUGAUGUUGAAGAUAGAUUUAGCUGUAAAUUCCGGACCGUUUAAACAGGAUCCCAAGUUAGUCGCAGCAAUCGAUAAACUAUUUUAUAAUAACACAAAAGAAGUUUUAGGAGAAACGGUGUUAUUACCUGAACGUAAACUAGAUUUCGCAGAGGUUAAUCAGUUGUUGAAACAAACCCCAGUUGAAAACGAUAAAUCGUUGGAUAAUGUGAUAAAGGAUACGUAUAAUAAUAGAAAGAACAUCCUUAGGAAAAUAGAAACGUUUCUUGGAGAUAUAAAUAAACGCGCAGAAGAAGGUGACACUCCAAAACUUAUAAUAAGAAACCAGAGAUUGUGGAGCAACUGUGUUUACGAUCUUGAUAGGGUUACAUUGAAAGAAUUAGAAGUUGCUAAAACUACCACCAUUCAAUAUUCAAGAGCUGAAGAUAAAUCUCGUUUCAAUACGAUUGUGUUUGUUUUAACGAGGGUUCAUGAACUUAUAACGAAAAACUUAACAGUCACAAGGAGAGAAUUAUAUUAUCAAAACGUGGCUAGAUUCAGGAAUCAAGGUGAUUUAGAUAUAGGAGUUAGGGAUGUGUGCUGCCUUCUGGAAUGUCCACCUUGGGAUCUAGGUAUUGUGGCUACUGCUAAAGGACUUAUAGCGGGACCUUUAAAAAUAGUCAACAAUGAUGGUUCUGUUACUGAUUGUUCAACGUCUGGAGGUACAUUAGUACCCCAAGAUAUUCAAAACAUAAAAGAGUUCAAGACUUCUGCGAAGUAUAUCCUAGUCGUAGAAAAAGACGCUGUAUUUCAGAAGCUACUUGAUGAAGGUGCACUUGUCCGGUUACGCCCAGUUAUUAUUUUAACGGGUAAAGGCUACCCCGAUGUGUGCACUCGACAACUGCUAUGUAGACUAGUAACGGAAUUGAAGUUGAAAGCAUUAGCUCUUGUUGAUGCUGAUCCGCACGGUUAUGAAAUAUUUCUCACGUACAAAUAUGGCUCUUUGGCUCAAUCCCACCUUUCGUCAUCGCUAGCGUGUCCCAAGCUCUUGCUCCUCGGAGCUCGUCACCAGGAUGUCAUGACGCUGGCCCCGAAGGCAUCUCGACUUGUCCUUACCGCUUUGGAUAAACGAAAACUUGCGUCUUUAAUGGCUAGACCGUAUCUCAAUACUGCUAUGGGUUCUCAUAUAAAGCAAGAGUUAAAAGCAAUGCUAGACAGUGGAGUAAAGGCAGAGAUAGAAGCAUUGGCGUCUUCAGCAGCAGCGCUCUGUGAUUCCUAUCUACCCUCAAAGAUAAUACAAGCUGAAUACCUAGGAUAGAAAAUAGUUACUCAGAAUAGUAAAACUGGAAAUGGUUUCUAAUAAAAUG